UGUCUCUGCAUCCUUUUCUUCUCCGAAACACAAGAAUUUUUUUUUUUCUCCAGACACUUCACAUAUGAGAACACUAAAGCAUCUCGUUUUUAAUCCUUAAAAAAUGAUGCAUUUCUUAACCCAAAAGCAGUGUUUCUUCUUCAUGAUGGGUGUUUCGUUCUAUCGAAUGGAUUUCGCCAUCGGUACGAGUCUAAUGAAAAGAAUACGCGAGAGACAAAACGAAAACAACCCUUUGAACAGGGACACAGAAAACUGGAUGCACGUUCCCCUAAGCAUUCAAGACGUCCUCAUAUCGAUAGAUGAUAAGCUCAGAGGUUUGGAUACUUUUAGUCACACUUUGAAAUUAGCCAGGCUAGAUUUCUCCCUCGAUCAGCUGGUCAGGAGAAUGGAAAACGUCGAAUCUAAAUUGGGAAGACUCGAGACCAAAUUCGAUCUUCGAAUGGAAAAAGUGGAGGAGAUCGUGGUCAGCAAGGACAUAAAGGAAGAAUUUUCCAACGAGCACCUUUCCCGCAAGCUGGAAACUUUGAACGACAAGAUAAACAACAAGGCGGCUUAUCUCGAUGCCAAACUGGACAUAAAGUUGGAAAGAAUAAUGAGUAAAUUGGAACUUCUUGAACGAGACUUGCAUAACUCGGUGGAUGAUGUUCUCGAACGUUUAGUGAAGGGCGAAGAAAAGUGCAGGUUCGCAGAGAUCGAAAUAACGAAACAAGAAAAGAAACUCGAAAUAAUCGUCGCCGAUAUGCACGAGAUCAAGGCGUUCGUGAAAGGCGAUCUGGCAAACACGGUCGCUCAGAACUUUGCCUCCCUAAGUUCAGAAGUUAACAGCGUUAAAACUUUCAUGCAAGUCAAAGAGAACACGAGUGAAAAAGCUUGGACAGACAUUCAGACGAGCAUGUCAGGUACGAGGGAGCGUCUUCUCCUGCUGCUGCAGGACAGUAGCAAUAAAAUCGACAAUCUCUCAGCCACUUUCAAUCAAGGCGAUAGAAGCAGAAGUGCUCCAGUUUUAGAUUUGUGCGGCACAAGCGAACAGAUUGAAAAUCUCACGUCAAAGUUAGAGAAGGCACUCACCAUAGGCGAAACCAAAUUCAAAGAACUGGAUGCAGACGUCGAACAGUAUACGAAGAAAGUGAUUAAUGGAAUACAGGAGCUGUGGAAGACAUCAGACGAAUUGAAAGUAGACUUGUCACAAACACUGGAGCAGGGAAGUAAAACUAGAGAAAUGGUGCGCAGAGAAUUUCAGCGAUUGCACGAACAGAUUGAACCCAAGCUGGAACCUAAACUGUCCGACAUCGAUAAAAGGGUGGUGGAGCUGAGUGCCACUGUGGAUAACAGCUUCGCCACACUCCUAGUGGCGCAGAACACUUUCAUAGAUUCCUGCAAGCGAAUCCAGCAAGAAGAGUUGCACGUCUACGACAUUCUUCAACAGAUUGUGUACGAGAUGAGGAACCGAUCCGUGUCGGACAUCCACAGAAUCAGUUCCGAGUUCCAACAGCAGAGUUUUCAAAUAAACAAAUCGAUAUCUCACGUCUUGGCGGCUGUUUGGAUGACAGGAAACAUGACGACGAGCAUUCUGAAUGAUCUGGUCAAGAAGGGUGAGGAGAGCAUCAAUUGGAACAAAUUGUGCGUUGUGGGAGACGUGGUGAAAAAUUAUUCAACGCAAGUGCAAGAAGAUUCAAUGUACGAAUCUGUUAAUGAUUCCAACCUUAAUUUAAAUGAAUACGAAGAUUACCAACUAUCCAGGUAAAUUUAGGUAAAUAAGAAGCUUCAUCUUAGUUACUUUAUCAGGUCUAGUUUUACUGCAAUAAGUAAAAAAAUAAAAUAAAAUAUUAUAAGCAAACCAAGCCCAAAGUAAAUAUUUAGCCUAAUAUAUAUACAUAAACAAUUUACUCUAGAUUAGUCUCACAGACCUCGCUAAAUGCGUAAACACCUAUACAGGGUGCGUAGUCAGAUUUUUCAACAAAAAUAAGCACCUUUCAAGUACUUUUUAAGCACUCAAAAACAUUUUUAAACACUUUCCAAAAAAA